ACCACUAAUGUGGCAUGCUAGCUUAGCUAGCCGUGUAUAUGAAGUGUUUUCGUCCCGAUGAAUGAAAGUGUGUCAGGCGUCUUUUAGUGUAUAAAUUGUGGUGGUCAUAUGUCCUGUUUGUGCUGGCUUGUUUAAUGUUGCGUUGUACGUAAAGAGUCGUAGUCACAAUGUCUCUCACUACAAAAUUUCUGAAACUCGUGGUGUUUGUUGGUGUGCUGGUCUUACUAAUCCAGUACUUGCAAUACUGGAUGGCCAAUAAAAGAUACGUCUUUACAAAAGAGGAUGUCGCCAGAUUGGCUAAACAGUACGCAGGUCAGGAUCAUGAGCAGGCCUUCUCUAAAGUGGUGGUGGAGUUGCGGAAGCGGUACCCAGGCCACAUCCUGCCUGAUGAGGACCUGCAGUGGGUGUUUGUGAAUGCGGGGGGCUGGAUGGGCUCCAUGUGCCUGCUCCACGCCUCCCUCACAGAGUAUGUACUGCUCUUUGGAACUGCCGUGGACACAAGCGGACACUCAGGGCGUUAUUGGGCAGAAAUAUCAGACACCAUCAUUUCUGGGACCUUCAGGCAAUGGAAAGAGGGAACCACUAAAAGUGAGACAUACUACCCAGGUGACACAAUAGUGCACAAGGUGGGAGAAGCUACCUCAGUGCAGUGGACUGCAGGGACCUGGAUGGUGGAGUAUGGCAGAGGAUUCAUUCCAUCCACGCUGGGCUUUGCUCUAGCAGACACAGUCUUCAGCACGCAGGACUUUUUAACGCUAUACUACACAGUCCGUGUGUACGUCAAGGGUAUGCUGCUGGAGGCCAACACCUUCCUGACUGAAGCUGGGUUCUUCUGAAGACCACUUGUUCCCCAGUGCCAUACUGUAUUUCCUAAUGUUGUCAUGUAACAGCCUUUUGUGAUGGACAGCUACGAACUGACAACAGACUGGAUUUUCUGCAAAGCACUUACUGUUAACCUUCUAAAAGUGGGACUCUUCUCCUGUUUAUUAGAGGUUAUGUGGAAUAAAUCACAAAGCACUUGAUUGCCCUGAAGUAAAAAACAGUUAACUAGUCUUGCACAUUUGAAAACAUGUCAACAUUGAAUGAGGUAUGAGGUAGUAGAAUGGUUUCAUGUCUUAAACCCUCACUGUCACCUUAGACUGUGAAUAUUAACAGCUUUUAUGAAUAUCAACUGUUCCUUCAUGUUGCCUGGGAAAUCCUGUCAAAACAGUGUUGGUUGAAUCAUUUGUGUUCUUUUCUGUCCAGACUUUCUCCGGAAUAAAACUUUAAUUUGUA